AUGGUACCCCGCCGCAAGCGCCGAUCCGGGACCUCCAGCUCCUCCGAGGCGGAACCUACGAAGCGCCCUAAGACCGAAUUAAAGACCGCGCUGGAGGCACGCGUCGUACAUGUCGAGCAGAAGGUUACCAGAAUCAAGAAAGCGUAUGAAGACCUACCAAGAACUAAAGGUAAUAAAGACCGCGCCGCUCAGCUCAAGGAGAAGUAUAAAAACACUAAGGCCGCCCUGGAAGAGUUGCAAGAACGACUGAAAAACACCGAAGAAGCCACUAACUAUUAUAUGGACCUUACCGGCGCGGACGAUGGCGAAGCGCAAUCCCCGGUACCAGUAUCGAAGGCCACGGAUAAGGGUAAGCAGCGACAGUCCGAGGCUAAGUCCGCCGUGUAUGUCGAAGACUCCGAGGGCGAAUCGGACAGCGGCCUCGACCUAGACCCUAAGACAGCUCGCGACAAGGCUAUCGCCCGUAACGCCAGGAAGCAACAGAAAGUACAGGACAAGAAGACGGUGGAGGACUUCGGCUUUACGGACCGCGCGACCGCUAUCGCCGCCAUGGCCUACAAUUUCUAUUAG